UUGUGCAACCUGAGCGAGAGCUAUCUGGCCUCUCCUGGUAUCAAGUAAAACCUCCCCUUUUACGUAAAAUUCUAUAUUUAGCCACAAACUUUUAUUUACCUCUCUUUUUCGCCUCCCCCACUCACAGACAAAAAGGAAGAUUCAUUACCAAUUUUGUUUUGCAAGAUAAUGAUAAUCUCUCUCUAAUCCUCACGCCGCGCAUUCUUUUCGUUCCCUCCAUAAAUCAUUAUCCAACCUUCCGUUACAAGCUCCUUCUUUUGGAUUUUUAUGUUUGAAUUUUAAUUAUUUUUAAAAAAAGUCCGCAGGAUCAUUGAUUUUGCUGAAGCAGAAGUUAUUGAUUCUGCUGAUGUUGUUUGAGGCUCUGCAUAAAGCUGGGUUUUGAAAUAGGGAUAUGCAGGGAGACGUGUUAGCGAUUCGUCGUGGAGAUGGGAGUAGAGAUGAUUUUUUAAGAUACCCCAAGAAGAUGGAUGUGGAAGAUCAACCUAAAACUGAGUCCUUUAGGGACGGAGAUAAAGAUGAAGAUGGAUGGAGAUCACCGGUUAGAGAUGAAGUAGAACAUGAUAAUUUGGAAGAUAAGCAUGCCAGUUGUUUGAAAGCUAGCAGUGAUAAAGAAGAAGUUGGGUUUUGCGCAUCUGAGAGCGUUAAGAGAGAAGACGGAGAUGAGUCUCUUAAGCAGUGUGAGCCUUUGGAAAGGGUUAAUAAGGAUGAAGAAGAAGAACAAGUUGUAUUGGAAAGAGAUGAAAAGGUACUCGGUUCUGUAUCAAGGGAUAAUGAAGAAUCUGGUUCAGGUUCACCGGAGAGGGAUGACAUGAAAGACGACCCAAAUACUCUUAGUAGAGAGAUUAUUAAGGAACUGGAUACAAAAGUGUCAAAUAGGGAGGAGAACAGGGAUUUGGGAAAGGACGCUGAAGAUUUGGUGUUGAGGCAAAAAGAUGAUGAACCGCAGACGCAAGUUGAUAACACAGCAGUUAUUGGAAAGAUUGAAAUGAGAGAAGUUACAGGACAGCAAGACUCUCCUGAUGCAGUUAAAUCAGCUGGAGAGACAUCUCAAAACGUAUACUUCAGUGGACCAGUGUUACCACAGACACCAUCACAAGGACAUAGGCGCGCACAGAGUGAGAUAGGGACUCCAGGACACAGGCGCACCAACAGUUUCCAGAAAUUGAAAACACAGAUGCAGAAGGCUUGGCGUGGGGUCAGCAAUCUGCGUGAUGAUAAUCGCCCCACUUUCAAUCCUGAGGUCUUAGCAAACCAAAAGAGACAGUGGUACCAGCUCCACUCCUCAAAAGCUCUUCUGGACCAAACGAAAUAUAAGGAGCCAACCUCACUAUUUGAACAUUUUAUCAUUGUGGGGCUUCAUCCGGAAACUGAUUUGAAGCCAGUUGAGGAGGCCUUUCGUAGAAGGAAGAAAUGGGAGAUGGAGAUGUCAAGGUAUGAAGUGGCUGACUACAGAAUACUCCGUCACCGUGGGCCUCAGUUUCCAGUAUUGCAGCCACAGAUACUUUUUAAAUACCCUCCUGGGAAGAAGGUGGAGAUGCGUCCAAAAGAUCUAGCAGCUUUCUGCUUCCCUGGUGGCGUCAAGGCACGACUUUUGGAGAGGUCACCAUCUCUCAGUGAUCUAAAUGAGCUUGUGUAUGGACAGGAACAUUUGGGCACAGAUGACUCGUCGUUCAUAUUUUCGUUCAAGGUAGCAGAUGAUGCGACAUUGUAUGGUGUUUGUUUACAUGUCUCGGAGAUUGUUCAGAGGCCCCCUGGUGUCUUAAGCAAUGCGUCACCCUUGCAUUCAUCUGGAGGAGGCAGUCGUUUUUUGGUUUCUGCACCUCGAUGCUAUUGCUUGCUGACCAGAGUUCCUUUUUUUGAGCUACACUUUGAGAUGUUAAACAGUAUGAUUGCACAGGAGCGUCUAAAACGGAUAACCGAAUUUGUUAGUGAGAUGUCUCUUGCUGCUGCAUGCCAUAGUCCAUCAGUUUCCAGAAUGAAUAGCUGUGUUUCUUCACCUCGUAGCAACCCUGCGGAUUGGAUGGCUUCUGCAAUACCUGUGGAUGGAGUCAUGGCACUCACGGCCGCUGCUGCAGGAUUGAUAUCUGAUAGUGACAUUGCGAACUUUGCAGAACCGCAAUCUCCAGAUAGUGUUGUCACCAGUGAUACUUCAGAUGCAAGUCAGAUCAAGGAAAUAGAAAGAGAUGGGAGAAAAGUGUUCCAUUGUUACGAUGAUAAUCCUUCUGAAGUAUUUGAGAACCACUUGGCUACCCCCGAAAGAACGUCCCAUAGCUUUGAGAACGGCCACGCUUCUCCAGAGGUUACAUGUACAGAUCCUAGGAUCCAACCGAUAGAGCGUUAUGAAAGCUGUGAGUCCGUGUUCAGUUCAGCUAGAAGUGUGUUGUCAGAUGAGGUUGAUGAGAUAUCGUACAGCGAAAAUGAUUUCGGUGAUGAUUUAGUUCUGGAAUGGGCUAAGGAACAUAACAACGAUGCUUUACAAUUAAUCUGCGGCUACCAUUCAUUGGCAAUUCCUUCCCGUGGAAGUGAAGUAGUGUUCCAGCCGCUGGAACAUUUACAGUCCAUUGCGUAUACAAGACCUCCUGUUUCAGCUCUAGGAUUGUCAGAAGAAUUUAUCUGCUCUUCUGAUUCUUCCGAGAUAAAUGCGAGGUUGGCAGCUGCCGAGGAGGCCAUGGGUCUCUCAAUGUGGACAACGGCAACAGUUUGUCGUAUUCUCUCUCUUGAAACUAUUAUGUCACUCCUUGCUGGAGUUUUGUUAGAGAAGCAAAUUGUGGUAAUCUGCCCAAAUCUGGGUGUUUUGUCAGCAAUAGUACUGUCUCUUGUCCCAAUGAUUCGGCCGUUUCAGUGGCAGAGUUUAUUGCUUCCGGUUCUUCCCGGAAGGAUGUUUGAUUUCCUAGAGGCGCCUGUUCCGUUCCUCGUUGGUAUACAUAGUAAACCUACUGAUUGGAAGGUGAAGACGUCUAAUCUUAUUCUUGUUAACAUCAUCAACAAUCAGGUGAAAAUAUGUAACAUGCCAGCAUUACCUCAGCAGAGAGAACUCAUGACUCAGUUGACUCCAAUCCAUGCCACACUGGCUCAUCAUAGCUCGACUGCUAGAAAACACCCCGUUUAUAAAUGCAAUCAAGUACAAGCAGAAGCUGCGACUAAAUUCUUGGGAGUAAUGAGAGAUUACAUGGAGUCUCUUUGCUCAGAUUUACACUCUCACACCAUAACAAGUGUUCAAUCCAAUAGCGACAGGGUUUCUUUACUUCUAAAGGACAGUUUUAUCGAUUCAUUUUCUGGUAGAGACCGACCCUUCAUUAAGUUAUUUGUAGACACACAACUGUUUAGCGUUCUGUCAGACUCACGUCUAUCGAGCUUUGAGAACGGGGCUCUCUAAGGCUCAUUUGUGAUCAACUUAUACUAUACAAACUGAAGAAACCAACAAAAGUCAAAUCAUAUGAAGAAGCAAAAGAGGGUGCUUCUUUAACCACCCUUUUACGCUCACAAGACUUUACAUGUGAUGUAUACAAAUGUCUUAACUCAGAUUUUACUGCAGUAGAAAAAAGGUAAGAAACCAACAAAAGAAAAAGAACAGAGACAAAAGUUGUUUCUUGCUCUUGUAAAUUAAUCACCGCUCAAUAGGAGCUUUUUGUUUGACAAAAGUUGUACAGUAACACUUGAAAACCGUUUUGUUUAUUUCAAGUGUCUGAUUGAUGUUCAUAAUUGUUCUCAAAAGAGAAAAAAAUAGUAUUGUGAUUCUUGGAUAUAGACCUGAUAUGGUUUGGACUA